UUUCCUCGAGCGCAUCCUCUCGCGCGCGCGGUUUGUGUCAGUGUCGCCGCGACGGCAGCUACAGCCGGACAGUGGAGAACGUGGUGGCCAGCUGAAGGGGUGUCUCCGUUGCGAGCCGAGAACCGAGGGGGAUGAACUUUGGCGAACCUGCCGGAAGCUGCUGGAGUCCGAGGAUCCAUCGGUUCUAACAUCCUCGAGGAUUCUACCCGUUCUUCGAGGGGGUUGAAGGGGGACUGUCCGAGGAUCGAGGAUUCAGAAAUUUCGGGAUUCUGAUGCAGUGUCCUUGAAUUGGACCAUAGUCUAAGGAUCAUGCUUAUUAGAAACUGGUGUUUGGAAGAUUGAUGUGUCAAAGUUGGACAUAGUCUAUGACAGGACAGACCGAGGAUCUUUAUUGGAAACCUACGAUUGUUCGCAAGAUUAGUGUCAUUUGAGGGUUGAAGUGAACUUGGGUCAUCCCUCGAAGCGUUCUUUGGACUGCGUUGAUUGUGUCAUUGGGGGAGUAUCGAAGGAUCGAGUGAGUGUCAGUGAACCUGAAUCCUUAGGGGUGCUUUGAACAGGUGUGGUGUUUGGGUGCAGAAAAGACACGUGGAUUUUAGAUUCUGCAGUGACUGUCGGUGGUGAUCGAGGAUUUUUCCGGGGGAUCUAUGUGAAAGCUUUCUAAGGGAUCGUCGAGUUGACAGCAGCCACGCGAUCCUGGACCGACCGAGUACAGAGGAACUUUCUUCGUCUUCUUCUUCCUCCUUCUCGCGUCCUCCUUUUUUUACCGGCCGUAUCGGCCGGCUGGCCCGUUGGAUCGUCUGAUUUUCUGUUCGCCUCUGUCUCGACCGAGGUUCCCCCCUUUUUCACCGUGGAUUGAGAAAAGCCAGAGACGCCAGACACCGAGGGCGGAACGAGGGACGAGAGCUUUUCUGGGAAAGGGAGCCCACGACUGAGAGUCACAAAUGCCGCGCCACUAGCUACCCGGUACCUGUCGUGGAAGAAGUCGGGAUGGCGAUCGCAAAGUGUCUCAUCAUAGGGAUGCUCCUGAUCCUGGAGAUCGAUGGGGCCACUCAGGGACAACUGGUUCGACUAGAUCAGAAGCAUCCCGACGUGGUGUCGGUGCCGCCCGGCGAGAAGCUGGUCCUGCGGUGUACGAUCAGCGGGGAAACGACCUGGUACAAGGAUAACAAAAUAUUCUACGCGACGUCGCCGAGAGUGCGUCUGAUGAAGCAGUCCUUGAGAUUCAAGUAUAUCGAACCAGAAGACGCGAGCUCGUACGCCUGUCUGGUUGAAUCGAACGGGACGCUUGAAUGGCGAAAUGUGACGAUACGAAUCGAGCCGUUGCAGAACGACGGCUACCAGCACGAUGUCGACAAACUGGGCACCGCCAUGGGUGCCCAUCGAGCCGAGGAGGAAACGAACGAGUUGGAAAUCGAAGCGAGAAAUCUACCAGAGACCCGGUCGCUGCACCAGAGUAGCGACACGGUCGAUAGUGACCUGGAGAACGAGAAGAGCGAGAACGAAACCGCUGGCGAGCACAACAACACUGUGCCCGAACGACCACCGUCGUUCAACAAGAACGUGGAGAUGCCGUACGUGGUGGUGAAACCAGCCGGCAACAUGCUUCGCCUGAGGUGUCCGAGUUUCGGUAACCCCAGGCCGAACAUCACGUGGUACAAGAACAACGAGGAACCCAAGCGAACUUUGGGCACCGUGGUGAUCACAAAGUGGACAUUCAGGCUGGAGGACCUAGUGCCCGAGGACAGCGGGAAUUACACCUGCGUGGUGUGCAACAGCCUCGGAUGCAUCAACUGGACGUUCAAAGUUGAGAUUGUCGAGAGCGUGAAACACCGGCCGAUACUGACCAGGGCGCCGAGAAACACGACCGUGCUGAUCGGGAGCAACGUGACGAUGACUUGCGAGAUCCUCUCCGACGCUCACCGUCACCUGGAAUGGUAUCACGGUUUUCACACUUCUUUGGACACUCUCAACAAAACCAAUCAAAGUUUUCGGGUGGAGGUCAAGGCUGAGACAUACGCGGACAAUCCUGAAGUACUGAAGCUCUACAACGUGACAGAGAAGGACGAGGGCUGGUACACGUGUAUCGCUCAGAACACAUUAGGCGAAACGUUCAGCAGCGCUUAUCUUCGAGUAGUUGAAUCUCUGGAAGACCACCGAGUCCCUAUUCCACCGAAACCACAGAUCCUCGUGAACAUCCUCGCCGCGGUGCUGUUCAUCUUCUUCGCGGUGGGCGUCGUAGUAGUGAUUUACAUAUUCCACCGCCUGAAGCGUGAGAAAAUGAAGAAACUGCUGGCAAUCGAGACCGCGAGGGCUGCGGUGGUUACCCAGUGGACCAAGAAGGUGAUCGUCGAGAAGCAGAACCUGGUGAACGCGCAGAACGUCCAGGAACCGUUGCUGAUGCCAGUGGUGAAGAUCGAGAAGCAGAAAUCGACGGUCGCCGCGGAGGACAGCAACGGGGGUAGCAUAUCGGAGUACGAGCUCCCCGUGGACAGCGCCUGGGAGCUGCCCAGGGAACACUUGUCACUGGGCAACACCCUUGGCGAGGGAGCCUUCGGCAAAGUUAUCAGGGCGCAGACUAACACUGGGAAACCUGGGAUACCGGGUGUCGUGGCGGUGAAGAUGUUGAAAGAGGGACACACGGACGCAGAGAUGAUGGACUUGGUCUCCGAGAUGGAGAUGAUGAAGAUGAUCGGCAAACACGUGAACAUCAUCAAUUUACUGGGCGCCUGCACGCAAGGCGGGCCACUGUACGUGGUAGUAGAGUUCGCCCCUCAUGGGAAUCUCCGUGAUUUCCUUCGGGAUCACAGACCGUCCUCGGGAUACGAGCCGACGAUCGGUCAAGAGGCCAAGGAGAAGAAGACGCUGACGCAGAAGGACCUGGUCUCCUUCGCGUACCAGGUGGCCAGGGGUAUGGAGUACCUGGCGAGCCGGAGGUGCAUUCACAGAGACCUGGCCGCCAGGAAUGUCCUCGUCAGCGACGAGUACGUCCUGAAAAUCGCUGACUUCGGUCUUGCCAGAGACAUCCAUUGCCACGACUAUUAUAGGAAAACCACGGACGGACGGCUGCCCGUUAAAUGGAUGGCGCCUGAAGCGCUGUUCCACCGAGUCUACACCACUCAGUCCGACGUAUGGUCGUACGGAAUUCUGUUGUGGGAAAUCAUGACGCUAGGAGGCACCCCCUAUCCAUCCGUACCGUCAGUAGAAAAAUUGUUCCACUUACUGAGAACUGGUCAUCGAAUGGAGAAGCCACCGUGUUGUUCCAUUGAAAUAUACAUGCUGAUGAGGGACUGCUGGAGCUAUCAGCCUAACGAGAGGCCGAUGUUCGGGGAACUGGUCGAAGACCUCGAUAGGAUAUUAACGAUAACUGCGAACGAGGAAUACCUGGAUCUCGGACUUCCUCAACUAGACACCCCACCGUCCAGCCAAGAGUCCAGCGAAGGCGAGGACGACGACGGCGAAGAGAAAUUCCCGUACUUGCUCUGAACCUAGCCCGGACUAGCCGCGGGCAUCAUCGAGGAAAACAAUCAUCCGGGAGGAUGGACGAAGGACGAGAAGAACGAAAAGAGGAUGACGACGAAGGGAAAACGAAGGGAACGCUGGACCGUGACCGGCCGAUCCAGCGGACACGCCAAAUAAUCGAAAUCAGUAUUGACCUGUUAGCGCGUAUUCUGUAGAGUUUAAGGGACACGUGAGAGGAGGAAGCAAUAACUAGUUGUCAAUUCGAGAAGCAAACUCCGGCCUUCGAGGAGACUGAUUUUCUUAACGAGAACGCUGUGUAUUUAUUAUCCCGUACCGUUUUACACCCCCGGGGAGCCGCUCGGCUUCCGGAACGAGCCUAGACCCGUCGCCGACGAUGACGGUCACAGUAUUGGAACGCGCACGUUUCCACAUAUUUUUUCUACGAUUCUCAGGUUUCGCGGAUCACGAGCGAACGACGCGAAGGGUCUCCUCCCGUGCGGGUUCGCCGGUCACCGGUGACCGGCGGCGCCGAACCGCGAUUCAAUCGACGGCGAACGCGACGCGGAGGGGAGGCUCGUUGAACGAAAGUCGUUCGAUUUUACAUAUGUUGUACCGUGCCAUUGAUAAGUGCCUUGGUAAAGAUGGCGGACGCUAGAAGUUCCAGGGCUUUUGUAAAGAGAAAUUGAAAAGAUACGAGGCGGAAAUGAACGGAGAGUAGAGGACGCGACGAGGAUUCUCGCGGUUCUUGGGACAGUAAUACGGAAAAAGGAGGAAACGUGUUUGUAACUAGUCAAUCGAUGAAACAUUGUAACGUUUCACUGUAAGAUAGCGAACUUUUAGCGGACGACGAACCGCGAGUUUCGCAGCGGACCGCGUGCGUUUCGCUUUUAUACAUAGACUUAUACGCCCUGUCUUCUCCGCCUUUCUUCCUUUUCCCUUCUUGUAGAAAGAAAACGAAACGUGUUGGACCUUAAGCGGAGGGGACGGGGACAAACAGCGGUGAUCGUUGACGCGUCAACGGGCCGACGUGUUGAUGGAUAUAUGUAUAUAUUUCUCUUGUUGGAAUCGGUUCGUUGGCGACGCGACGCGAGCGACGUGUAUGUACAGUUUAAUCGAAGAGGGGACUGAGUUGAUCGUUAUUAUUGUAUAAUUUUGUACGAGAAACACAUUUUGCACGCGAACGAGAGAAUCAUCGGUUCACAUCGUCCACGCCGUGUUGCGGCCGCGCAAUCGGUUGUAUAAAUGGUGCAUGCGAGACAGGUGCUUAGCGGUAGAUAAUUUAUUUCCUUGUAUAUUGUUACUUAGGACGUUAGAAGAAGGCCUUCUUUAUUUCUUUUUGUAUUCGAAGCGGUGGUUCAUUGUAAAAUACGUUUAUAAACGAUCGGGCGAAAAAAAAGCGACGGCCGGUGAAACGUUUUUUUCUCUAUCUCUCUCUCUCUCUCUCUCCCUUUUUUUUGUAUAUAGCACCGACAUGUUUAUUUAAAAGCUACUCUUUUUGUUACCCAGCAUCUAAUGGUAGCCAGUAAACCAGCAUUUACCAAGGUAGAUAUGUAUAUGUAUAGUUUCUGCGUAAAUAUUGGAUUAUUAUUGUAAUGUGAGUUUCAUCUCGAAUAAAAUGAUUCGAACUGUAUCACACGCUGUUUGGAAUUC